AUGCAUGCGACGAUGAGUUUUCUUAUUUGCUCUGUUAUUCAUGUCACUUUUGCUGCUUUACUUUUUUUUUUUUUUUUUUUGUGUGUGUGUGCAGUCUCUCUGUGUACGGGGGUAAUUCAUUUUUUUGUGUCGGUAAUAAUUUACUGUUGGGUGCCAACAACAAUGCCUGUGAUGCCUGCGACUUUAGGGACUCGCGGAGGUGGCGAACAGACGGCAAAACCGAGCAGCUUUGAGCGAAUGGCGGCCAUUCAGGAGGAAAUUGCAAAAAUCGAAACUCGUUUGCGUUCCCUGCAGUCAACCGAGGAUGCCGAUGACACGCCAUGGACCUCAGCACCGCAGGAGGACAUGGAUCCUGCCGUCGCAAAGAUGCUCUCAGUUGAGCUUUGCCACUUGGCUGCAUCUGGCGACAGCGUGGGUGUGCGUCUACUUCUUGAGAGCGGCGCGGACACGGACUGCAGGGAUUACGACGAACAGACCCCACUCCACAUAGCCAGCGCUCUGGGUCAUGUCCAGGUGGUUAGAUUACUUCUUGAGUUUGGGGCUGACCCGACGCUUUUGGACAAGGAUGACAAGACGCCUUUUAGGCUGGCGGGGGAGAAUAAUCGCAGGGAAGUUGUGCAGCUUCUACUGAGACACUCUCAGGCACAUGGUCAUGAACUGGACGCUUGUGGCAAGCCGGAUAGUUUUUUGCUUGAUAGCCCCAUCAUGUCUGCGCAUCCGGACUUUUCACAGAUUCCCCAACCAAUGAUGGGAAGUCUUAUUGUCAUCAUGGUAGGUCUCCCUGGUAGGGGGAAGACAUACAUCGCGAGGCAGAUUCAGCGUUACUUCAAGUGGAAUGGGCUACAAAGCAGGAUUUUUAUACGCUCUACAUACAAAGGGAAACUUGAAGAAGGUGGCGCCGUAUCUACGGCUUUGAGUGCGGCGGAGGUGGAGCGUCGUAUUGCCGCUGCCAUUGCAAAAGACAUGACACAAUUUAUAGCCGAAACCGACGGCGUGGCGGUGCUGAAUGGCACGAACUGCAGUCCGUUGCGUCGCAUGGCAUUGAUGAGCGCGAUUCGAGAAACGGGCCUCAUACGGCCGAACCGUGUGAUAUUCGUGGAGGUUGUGAACAACAAUUCGGAGAUUGUGCGCCUAAACGUGAACCGCAAGAAGGAAAUAAAUCCUGGGGCCACACAAAGCUUUGUCGAUCAGUAUUAUGCACGGAUUGAACGUCUGAAUGCUCUAUACAAAUCCCUGAGUCCCACCACCGACAGGGAUCUCACGUAUAUUCUUAUUGAGGACCAGACAACAUUUGCACUAAAUAACAUCUCUGGAUGGAUGCCUUCACGACUGUCGUACAUGCUACAUAACUUAAACCACGCACCUAGCAAUCUUUACCUCACGCGUGCUGGGGAAUAUGUUGACUUGAUUGCCGGUCGUAUAGGCGGAAAUUCGCGACUGACAGAGCGUGGACAGGCGUAUAGUGAGGCGCUUUUUGAGUAUUUUCAAGGGGAAUUACAAAUGAAAUCGUUUACAGUGAUGAGUAGUUGUGCCCUUCGAUGUAUAGAAACAGUGCAAUACUUUGAGGAGCAGAGUGUACUUCAACGCAGCAGCGCCUCUGCUGCGCAAAGUAGGGAACCGAAACUGAACUGUCGCGUGGCGUACUUUCCCACACUUGACAGUCUGAACCAUGGUGACUGUGAUGGACAGUUACUUUCUGAUGUUCGCAAGGCAAUGCCAAGUACAUUGCUUCAUAUGCAGGCAGAUCCAUACCACACAGCGUGGCCAAAUGGAGAAUGUGUCCAUCAGCUCUACAAUGCACGACUUGAGCCUCAUAUUCAUGACAUUCAGGCGAGCACCGAGCCUGUUCUUGUGGUCUCACACCUUCAGCUGCUGCAGGGUCUUUAUUCCUACUUUGUUUCCGAGAAUGAUGACUUUGUGGCUCCACAAGAUGCAUACAAGAUUGAUAUUCCUUUUGAGAGUGUCAUUAAAAUUCGCCUGGUGGGCUUUAACCGCGUCGCGGAGACCAUCGAUCUCUCAAAGGAGGUGGACCGAAUCCAACACCGUCGCACCGGGAAGGUGACGAAGGCAACGCAGCAAAGUAGCCUGAAUAUUUUUUGUAGGUCUGGUAAGAAGUGA